CGGGCUGGGCGGCGGAGCGCCGGCAGUUCGCGGGGAGCGGGCGGGCAGGGAAGGGCCAGGGCCGGGGACAGGGCCAGAGAUAGGGACAGGCGGAGGGGAGGCGGCGGCGCCGCGCUCGCCCCGCUGCCCUGGAUGACGGGCGGCCGGUUCGACUUCGACGAUGGCGGCACCUACUGCGGCGGCUGGGAGGACGGCAAAGCCCACGGGCACGGCAUCUGCACCGGGCCCAAGGGGCAGGGCGAGUACGCCGGCUCCUGGUCGCACGGCUUCGAGGUGGCGGGCGGCUACACCUGGCCCAGCGGCAACACCUACCUGGGCUACUGGGCGCAGGGCAAGCGGCACGGGCUGGGCGUGGAGACCAAGGGCAGGUGGAUGUACCGCGGAGAGUGGUCGCACGGCUUCAAGGGGCGCUACGGCGUGCGGCAGAGCCUCAGCACGCCGGCCCGCUACGAGGGCACCUGGAGCAACGGGCUGCAGGACGGCUACGGCGUCGAGACCUACGGGGACGGAGGUACAUACCAGGGACAAUGGACAGGAGGGAUGCGCCAUGGGUAUGGUGUUCGCCAGAGCGUACCCUAUGGCAUGGCAACUGUGAUCCGUUCACCCCUCCGAACAUCUCUAGCUUCACUUCGAAGUGAGCAGAGCAAUGGCACCGUUCUGCAUGACAUCACUGCAGACAGCCCGGCUGGAACAAGAGGCGGUUUUGUGCUCAAUUUUCACAGUGAUGUAGAAGCCAUGGGCAUUAAGAAAAAAGGAGGCUUAUUCAGAAGAGGAUCCCUUCUUGGUAGUAUAAAACUUAGAAAAUCUGAAUCUAGAUCAUCAAUAUCUAGCAAACGGAGCUCCGUCAGGAGCGAUGCUGCUAUGAGCAGAAUUAGUUCUAGUGAUGCCAACUCUACAAUUAGCUUUGGAGACGGUGACUGUGAUUAUUGCCCUAUGGAAGACCAUGUUGAUGCCACCACGACAGAAACGUAUAUGGGUGAAUGGAAGAAUGACAAGCGCAGUGGUUUUGGUGUUAGCGAGCGUUCAAAUGGUAUGAAAUAUGAAGGAGAAUGGCUAAAUAACAGGAGGCACGGAUAUGGAUGUACCAUGUUUCCAGAUGGCACCAAAGAAGAGGGAAAAUACAAAAAUAAUGUUUUGGUUCGUGGAAUAAGAAAGCAACUUAUACCAAUACGAAACACAAAAACUAGAGAAAAGGUGGAUAGAGCAAUAGAGGGUGCACAGCGAGCAGCUGCCAUGGCAAGAACCAAAGUGGAAAUUGCAACUUCAAGAACUGCACAUGCCAGAGCUAAAGCUGAUGCCGCGGAUCAGGCUGCUCAGUCUGCUCGCCAGGAAUGUGAUAUUGCAAGAGCAGUUGCCAGAGAACUUUCACCAAAUUUCUACCAACCAGGUCCUGAUUAUAUCAAACAAAAAUUUCAAGAAGGAAUGGAGGUGAAAGACAAAACUGAAGAAAAAGUUCAGGAAAAACCAACUACCCCAAAAGAAUCACCUCACUUUUAUCGAAAAGGUACUACACCCCCUCGAACCCCAGAGGCAAGUCCGAGGCAUAGUCCUCCUCUUCCUUCUGAGCCUUCUCCUUCAAAACAUCUGAAAAGGCAAAGCUCCACUUCUGGGGCAAGACUCAAUCAAGAAAAAAAGCUUUUAGCCACAGAGAAUAUAACACCCACAGUUAACAAGCCUUUAUAUUCAAAAGCACCAGUGAAGGAGGAGAUAGCUGUGAAACACCAGUCAAAGUUUUCAGCCCACCACAAUCCCAUCAGCACAGAGAAUGGGGAGCUGCACGGUCACUACCAUGGCUAUUAUGUAAAAUUGAAUCCAACAGUGCUUCCACAGGAGCUCAGGGAAGAAGAUGAUGAAUAUGUCAACCCAUUACCAUCAACGCUUGCGCGGAUAACACCCUCACAGAAACCAAGUCCUGCUAGAUCUGGGGGUAAGCCAGAUGCCAAAGAAAACAAACCUGAUACGAAAGUUAAGAAACCAGAAAUUGCUGCACCAAAGAAUCCAGCUAAUAAUGAGUCAUCUUCAGCAGUGGAAAAAGAAGUAGCAAACAGCUCGGGCCCUAAUUCAGUCAUGAUUGCCCUGGUAAUGCUGUUGAAUAUUGGUUUAGCCAUUCUUUUUGUCCAUUUUCUAACUUGAUUGGAAUUAGGAAAGCUAUGCCUGAAUGUGAUUCAACAUAGUUAUUUAAUUAUGUAACUGUUUUGACCCUUCAGUGAAGUCAUGACAACUAGUGGUGUUAGCCCACAGUUCUCUGCAGUUGUGUCAUCAGCCUGUUAAAUGGCACCAGGCAUACUCAGACACAGGGAAGGAGGCUUGGCAUUAGGAUGGGCGCAAGAGAGAUGAAACUUGGAAAAUUCAGCCAGGGGCCCCGAUCAGUUACUCUGCUGAUGGUUUGUGGCUUUGGGGUCCUCUGAAAGCUGAAGCAAGCAGCCAUGUUGGAAAACAAACAAAAUAAUCUGCUGAAGCAGCCCUGCCGGUGAAGUGCGUUGGCUUCUCCAUCUGUUCCAGCAGAGUGUGACUAAACUGGAAAUGUACGGAGCUGCACUUUUUGUUGAUGGAAGCUAACAGCUGCAUUACUAUUUUACCGUCUGAUGUUUUUAGUGGGGAGAUGGGAAAACGACUGCCAGAGGAAUGUGGUCAGAGGAUUCUGUUGCUGUGGAAGUGAUUCCAGCGUUCACUCCUAUCUCAUUAGAAGAAAUAGUUAGCAGCAUCAGUCACCAGUCUUAUUCCAUUACCUGCUGCUUUUAACAUCUCCUGCAGUGUUCUGGGAGAUUGAAUUUCAUUUGCCUGUGCAUGAUUCUGUUCAUUCGUUGUUUAUGAAAUUUGAUGUAUAGCCAUAACAUAGUGUGUAGUCCAACCUGGAGAGCACUACCAGUUCUGCCUAGCGGCAGAAACAGAAGAGGAAACAUCUUUUUCUAAUCUGAAGAUGCAAUUCUUUAAUUCAUUUUCCUAAACCUGAAGAGUCUUUUUGCUUUAAGGUUUAGGAAGUAAUAUACCAUUACUACAAAAUUUAACGCUGUUGAUAUCUUCCUAAAAGUGCUCAAAUGCUUAUGCCAAUAGCAAGCAAAUUCUUCCUCAUAAAAAAAAAAAAAAAUAAGAAUUUGAAGUUGAUAUCAGCACAUUCUAAGAAGGAGGUGAAAUACCAAAAUAAUCUGAGAAAGACAAGAUAUGGGGUUUGCAUGAUGACUUUUUUUUUUUUUUUUUUUUUUUUAAUUCUGGUGCUGUGGUAAUUGGUGAUUUGAAUUACUAUGUUUCAGCACUGAGGUAUUUUGCCAGCAGUUAAAAUAAAGUCUUGUCUGAGUGCAUAUUAAUACCAGUGACAGUUACGCUAGCUAAUGCUCACAAUAAAUUUUCGUAAUUUGUAAACACUAGAUUUGUGUUGAAUACAUUCAGGUAGAGCAUUUAGACAUGUUAAGUGAUUGUUUAUUGAUUCGAUGCCUUCAGUGUCUUUGAAGUCCAUUUAUAAUUUUACCUCAGCAUUAAAAAAGCCUCAAUUUUUUUCAUUUGGAAAGUUUGUCUUAAGUAGUUUCACAGCCCUUUGUUACAAUGAUGUGAUCAUGUUUCUUUUAUGUGCCAUUAUACUGUAAUUACUGUACCCUAUAUUAAUCAAAAGCAUGCUUACUUACUGAAAAUACGUGGUGUGAUCAGUUGGAAAGUAAAUGUUUUAAUUUCAAAAUACAAAAAGCAAAGGGCUUAUAUUAUGGUUUAUUUUAUCUCUCUUAGACAAUAUUUCAUACAAUAUAGUUUUUGAACAUGUUUGUAAACUUUGUAAGUGUUUGCAUGGUGUAAUGGGCAACAUUCUUAAAAGUACAUUAGCUAUCUUUUGAUGCAGCAUAUUAAAGUAAUAUAGGUGCAGACUGAAUAUUGUGCAGCAAAGCAGCUCUAUGCAGGGCAGUAACACCGUGGUGUUUUUUACAGAAGUAUGUUGAGAAUCCUGUGUUUUGACCAGUGUGGAUAAAGAAGAAAGCAGAAAGAGAGCAAAUGAAAAUAAAACUUGUAUAUUUAUUUUUUAAAGAGUCAAAAUUGUGUUUUAAAUUUAGGGGAGUAAUUUUUAAAUAAGAACAAAGUUUUAAAAGUUACUGUUUAAGCCUUGACAUAAUGGACAAAAUGUUCAAACAGUGAAAUCACCCCGUCUCCUUACAUGGGAGGUAAUUUUGUAACUGACAUAUUUAAUUCCUAUUAAAUGUUUAUUUAAAAUACUAUAUGCUCUGGAAAUAAUGGGUAACAAAGCUUAUGAAAAUGUUUAUAAAUUUAAGUAAGCAUGUUAGUACCAUUUAUAAAUAUGUAUGAUUUAUAAGCUUUUUUAAAACAAAGCUCAAACAAAUUGUUGGUAUUUUUCUAAAAUGUGCACAGCUGUAUUUUACAUGAAAGGCUAUUUAUAAUUGGUUGUUAUACUGUACACUACAUUUUGGACAGCACAACAAAGCCUGCCAAUGUACUUAAUAAUGUCAUUUUGUCUAUUUAAAGUUUCUUGCUGUCAAAGAAUGAACUCUUUAUCUAUGAGUUUAUUUAUAAUUCUUGACCCAAAAUGUAUAAUGUACAGUUUUCACAACUGUAUUUGCUCUAAUAAAAAUAAGUUGGUUAUUAAUAGAGCUUCAGACUAGUUCUUCCUGUUCAAGAAUUACUUUUUGCACUCUCCAGAAACAAUUUUUCUAAGAAAUUCAAUAAACAAGAAAUGAACUUGGAAAAUCAGUGAAGUCAUGGCCCCUUUCAAAUCACUGUGAGUUACUGUUUUCAACAAAACCAUUCUAGGAAAUGUUUUAAAAUGGAAAAAAAUGGCAAAUUUCCCAUGUGUCUUUUAUCUUUUGGUAUAGAAUUUUUGUAUGUUUGUAAAUGCCAUAUCUUAAAUUAUACUCCCACUACAGAGAUGGUUUAAUCAGUCUUGUUUUAAUCAAUGACUGCUCCAUUAAGAGCUGUUCUUGUAAGCAAAUAACUUUUUUAGACUUCCUUCCUUCUCAGGGUAUUCAAACACUCGAAGUGAAUAAAUGUGAACCAGUGACAGAGCAAAGUCACUGUUACGAUUGUCUUAAAGCCAAUAUAUUUGUUGAACUAGUAAAUCAGCUCAGAACUAAUAAAUCAGCUCAGAAUUCUACUUUUGGAUUCCCAUUCAGAUUACCAGUCAACUGUACUGGAAUUCUAAUGGUUAGUUGUAAAGGAGAGCAAGUGUUCUUAGCACUUCCUGUUCAAUGGAAACUUAUUUAUAAUAAUAUUUGAAGGAAUUGUUGCUGUCUUAUUUUUCUAAAUUCUACCAGCAUGAAGUUUAAUUUUUAGAAUUAAUAUUUUCUACAUAAUAACCUAUUCCCUAAGGAAAAUUUUCGCUCUUCAAGUAGAGAAAAAAGCCUUCUCAAAAAUCUUAAACGGAUGUCACUGAGCUACAUUUUAUGAUCUACACUGAUCACUGACAUUUCAAUAUCCGUAUCGUAUUCUUAUUUGUUCAAAAAAGCAAAGUUGAAGUAUUUCUUCAGUUCUAUGAAUAUGAUAACACAUUCAAGCAUAUGUAGAUCUUAAAAAAAAAAAAAAACAAGCAAAGGAUUUGCUGAGAAUUAGAAGAAAAAAACAUUUCCAUAAUCAGCUGAGAAAUAUGGUAUCUUUCCCUGCUUAUCAGUGUUCAUAAUUCUUAAAAAUCAACAUGUAUGUAGAAAUACAACAAUCUUUCUAUGGUGUCUGAAAGCAGAUGGACAGUUCUUUUCUGAAAUGUUUUUACCAGUAGCUUAUAUCAGUUGUAAAUGGUUUUACGUGGGAAAGCAUCUGCUAUGCCUAAG